AUGCUAAGACCGACCCUCCUCUCUACCCUGCGCCUCAAUGCCUUCCCCAGCACCUCGAAACGCGCCUUCUCCCUCCUAAACCCCACGUCGCGCUCGCAAACCAACCGCAUCUUCGACCCCAUCCGCCAACCCAACGACCUGCACACACUCACACUCCUCAACGCCUCCGACAACCGCUCUCUAAUAACCUUCUGGACCGCGACCUGGUGUCAAACUUGCCAGGCCAUCAAGCCGCUCAUCCGCCAACUCAUCGAAGAAGAAAAGAUCGGGGAGCGGGAAGGCGGACUGGGCUUCGUCGAGGUGCUGAUGGACAGCACGUUGAUUGAGGAUCUGCCUAUAAAAUACCGCAUCAGUAGUAUGCCGACGCUGUUGGCCUUUUCAAGACAGGAGGCGCAGUUCGAUACGAGGUUGACGCGCCCCGAAGAGAUGCGGAACAAGGACUUCUUGAGGGAGUGGUUGGUGAAGGAGGCGCAGAGGGGAGGGAGGAUGGGCGGCGGCGGGGGCAACAAAGACUACGAGGCCGCUGUCGUGAAGGGUACUAGGCUACUCCAGAUACUGGCCGCGAGGGACAAGACACAAGUUCAAAGCGCAUUCGAGGAGGUACAAGAACUAGCCCAACGUGGCUACCUUCUGAAGCCUCAAGACAAGUUCUUUGAAAUCGACUGUAUCGCCGAUGCGCUCUGCGAUCUAGGUGUCAGCGACAAGAUGGUGUAUGAUGGCGGAGAGAACAUGAGAACACAUCAUGUGCAUGACUGCGACGGAGCAGCAACGAGAGGAGAUGAUACGACAACACACGGCUACUUCUCCCAAGUCAGCAACCCACUGUCUGGUGUCUUGAUCGCAGACAGUAAUCUCACUCGCACGCAUGCAGCGAAAUUUGAUGACGCAUGGGAAGAAGAAGCUAUAGGACUAUCGCCACUGCGACACUGGUCAGACGUAGCGUUUCUACAAUACCUUUCUUCUUUCCCCGAACCACCCGUACGGCCGAUUCCGCUCAACUACGUCUUCCGCGUUCAGAUACAAAACGCGGAGACGUCUCUGGUGCUCAACAAUAUUAUCAGCAAGCAUGGCACGUUUACAUUCGAGUUUUGGCCUGGUAUCACGUUCGGAAUGGACACUGAAGAAGGCAAGGCGAUCUUAGGGACGCCGAAUGGUUGUGGUGUCGCUUGGAUGCUUAUUCAACAUAGUAAGGCGUUUGGAGAGAAGAAUAUUGAGAAGAUGCUGGAAGCUAGCCUUGGUGAGCUCGGUAAUUUACUCAAAAACACAGAUACGCCAACUGAAAGCGAACACCUCAAAUACGAAGAUCUCUUGGAGAACAAUUGGGUUGAGCGGUCCUCCGGGGACGAUUCCAAAAUUCUGGCGCGACUGUUGGAGGACCUUGGAAUCAACACUUCAAGCAAUAUCCCUGUUUCACAUGAACACCACGGCGUUGCACCAAUAGAAGAAUCGCUACAAGAAGGACUUGAGAUGCAGAUACGCUUCGACUCAGUCAUCAACACUUCCGGUGGUAUGAUUGCAGCCAUGAACACGUACAGUCCUGUGCAUGAUUGGAGAAAAGCGAAAGCGGAUGCCGAGAAUGCUCUACUAAAACAAGCCGGCCGCAAGUCUAUGGAAAAAAAUAACGUUGGCGAUGACGUCCCUGGCCUGAAGUACUGGUCAGAUGUCGCAUACCUGCAAUGGGCCUGCCGUAACACGGACUCAUCCGACCUACGUUAUGUGAUGCGGAUGAGCAUCACAAACGAAAAGACAAAAGCAGUCAUCCAGCAUAUCAAACAACAAGCCUAUCCCAAUGCUUCAGGCUCAUACUCAUUCGACGUUGAGGACCGGGAUCAGGUAUCCGCUUUUCUGGGGACACCGAAUGGAGCCGGAGUCGCUUGGUUGCUCAUACAGCAUAAAAAGCAGUUGAGGCAUAAGACAGUUCACAAGGUAACGGUGGAUUGUCGCGAGAUCUGGCAUAAAAGCAAGACGAUUGUUCCAAGCUUGGUGUUCCACCUUCGCGACGUGGUUGCUCCGAAGCCAGGCAGCGAGAAAGCCAUGCCCACGAUGACAAACUCAUAUAUCAGUAAUCUGGACUACAAGACUGCCAUGGAGAAAGGCAAGAAGAUACUCAAAAUGAUGCAUGGCGGAUCUGCUGCCACGCAAAGCCCAACCUUCACGCCCGAGGAAGUAGGAGCAAUGGGAUACAAGAGAACAAAAAGGCCUCGAUCUGUGUCUGGCCUGUCAAAAAAGUUGGACAGUCUCGGUAUUCAAGUUUCUAACUCUCACUUCAUCAAUGUUACAGACGAUUACACGAAAGACGUUAUCACUGGCGAAACACUUGCAAGCGUAAGCGAAGUGAGAUUCAUGUCCGAUAUCAACGUUGAAGCUGGAAUUCUCGUGGUGAACUACAGCUACAGCCCGACAUACAAGGCCGAGGCGUUGAAAUCGCUGUCGACCGCUCUGUUACCCUCGUUGAAGCACUGGUCCGAUAUAGCCUUCCACCAAUGGGCUCAUUCUGUUCACACCCAGAAAAAAGAAGUACACGAUCUCAACUUCAUCAUGAGAGAAAACAUCUCGAACGAAGAUACUUUGGCCGUCAUUAAUAGUAUCCUCGACGCACCACCUCGCCAGUCACAGGCUUAUACGCGGUCGGGACUAUACCUAGACAUGAACAGCGACCAUGCCAUCGCUCUGCUGGGCACAGCACAUGGUUCAGGUGUAGCUUGGUUACUUGCGCAGCAUCGAGACCAACUUGGCCGUAAGGUAAUUGCUGGGAUAAGGAUAUUCUACAGCGACGAGCCGCCAGAGGGCGACAGAGCCCUCAACUUGCUUUUCUACCUUCGUGACGCCAGUGCGAGUAAGAAACCUAUCGAGAAGUUGUGA